AUGUUUAAGUUUGACCCUUAUAUUGGCGACAAUAAGGCGUUCCGAAAUUUACCGUUGCAACCUGGGGAUCUACGAAAUAUUUCUUUCCUCGCUUCCAAUUGGGCUAUCACAAAAUAUGACGUUUUUCCAAACUGGUACCUGUCAAAUGGUACUCAUCAGCAAACUAUUGAAAACACGAGAAGUCCAGAUGUGACGUUCGUAUCCCCUCACACAACUUUUGUUGAAUUCAUGAGAGGUAUACCGAAUGAUGUAACGGGAAUACCCCCGUCUCCCUUUGAACGUUACAGAGGAUACAACUUCAGUGAUCUUGAAUCUAUCAAAACUUCAAUACUGCCAACCCCGUUGAAACAAACUCUUGGAAAUGAAACUGUUACCAUUGACAAAAACUGGAGGAUAGACAGAGAUCGCUUCAGAAUUCUCUCUGGAGUCGCCAAGUAUUUGCAAAAGUCUAUAAAGGGAACAAAAAUCAGAAAUCUGAAAUCAACAGCAAACAAAGUCAUACAGCUUGGAAUUAAAAAAAGCUCCAUGAAAGAGAACCCGGAAGCAUACACCUUAGAAAUUACUGCAAAUCCAGACAGGGUAGAAAUUAUAGGGAGCUCGGUUGGCGGGGUGUUUAACGGCAUCCAGUCCUUAUUUAGUUUGUUGGCAUUCGGAGGUACCAUUCCCACAAUGACUAUUACAGAUCAGCCUCGGUUUAAUUACCGGGGUCUGUUAUUAGAUGUUGCCAGGAAUUUCUUCCCCAAAUCAUCAAUAAUAAAGUUGUUGGAAGUGAUGGCUCUUUUCAAACUAAAUAAACUUCAGCUAAAUCUGGCUGAUGAUGAAGGAUGGCGUUUGGACAUUGAGACAUUUCCGGAGUUGGCCAAGAUAGGAGGAAAACGUUGCCACGACAUUGAAGAAAAAACCUGUUUGUUUUCUCAAUUGGGCUCCAACCCAAAUGGGAGCGGACUUGGAUCGGGGUAUUUUACCAAGAAAGAUUAUCAAGAUAUUCUAAAAGCAGCUAAUGACCGGAAUAUUGAGAUUAUUCCUAGUAUCAACAUAGCCGGACGUGCUCGUGCUGCAAUCAUUGCUAUGAACGGAUAUUCCAAUAGAACGAACACCAGCGACUAUAAUCUACACGAUGAACAAACUGAACAUGUUUACCUUACAGACACGUUGUUCGAUGAUUCUGCUAUCAAUCCAUGCAUGCCAUCUACCUACAAAUUUUUUGAAACGGUCUUGAAAGAAAUUAAAUCUUAUCACACUGAGGCCAAGGUGCCAUUGAAACGUAUUAACAUAGGAGGAGAUGACUCGCCGGCUACUGCGUGGCUCAAUUCGUCCUUCUGUAAGAACUUGAAUUAUAAUGGUCCAGAUCCAUUCAUGCGCAUCAAAGUGAAUUACACGACGCAGAUUGCUAAAAUUGCAGCCGAUAGUGGCGUCCACCUCUCUGGAUUUGAGGAAUUCUUUAUGGCCUGGCCCACUACAGAUCCUCGAGGCGGACCUCUGGUGCCUUUUGAUGUCACUCGAUAUCCUAAAAAUUUGGAAAUAUUCGUACAAACAAGGAAUUCUCAAAACGAUGUCUUUAUUCAGAGAGCCACUGGACUCAGUAAUAAUGGUUACAAGGUCAUUUUGUCUCAGUCUGACUUCCUAAGCUUUGACCACGCUCCUGAAGCGGACCCAGACAGCCCCGGAGAUUAUUGGGCCGUUCGGUUCAUUGACCCUCUUCGGGUGUUCUCUUUCCUUCCUGAACACCGCUGUUGUAACCUUAUUCCUGACGAAUUCACAUUUGGUAAAAUGCCAUUUGCACCAUACGGAUGUAUCGAUAAUAGCAACUGUUUAGAGGCAAAGCAUCCAAAGAAUGUUACAGGAAUCCAGGCCCAGAUUUGGACAUCACGAAUCAGAACGGAGGACCAGUUGUUCGGAUUAAUGUUUCCACGAUUAAUAGCCUUCGCUGAAAGGGCAUGGCACCGAGCACCCUGGGAGGCUUCUUACAAGGUCCGCACAAAUGUCAACGAGGACUUUCCUGUACCGGACUUCGCAGCACGUGAUGCUGACUGGGCACGUGUGGCUAGUAUGAUCGGCCAUCGUGAGCUUAAGCGACUUGAGGCAUAUGGUGUCAAUCCCAGAAUUCCACCUCCAGGGGCAAGAAAUAUGACAUACAAGGAUACAAACAAUACCAUUAAACAUGUGUUACACACUGACGUGGCAUACCCAGGCCUGCAACCCCAGGUACAAGGAGGACAGAACCAGAACGCUGCCAACAGCAGAUACAGUAAAACAGACAACUAUGUCUUGGAGAGACCCCGAAAUGUGCUAGAAAGGCUUGUGGAGGCUGGUCUGAUAGCGCCCCCUCCCGGAAUUGGAAUACCUCCUGUAUUUGAGACAACUGUUCCUCCAAUAGACCUUUCCACAACAAGCGCUGUCAAAACUUGACAACUGCAUUGAACUAUGCCUAUUUGUGUCAUUUCUACGAAUGUAUACUUCAUAAUGGAUGUUUCGUGAUAUUAAACUGUGCGAUAAU